AGCUAGCAAAGGGGUGACCAUGGAUGUUGUCAUGGGAGUUAUUAUUAACUUUGCUACUAAAACUGCUGAAUUUACGGUUGAAGCUAUUCGUCGUCAAUUUGAUUACAAGGGCAACCUUACCAAGAUGACAACUGAUGUCCAACAUUUGGAGGGAAUAAAAGACAUUUUGCAACACAAUGUUGAUGAGGCCAGAAGGAACGGGGAAGAGAUUGAAAAUAUUGUCCAGAAUUGGUUGAACACAGUGGACAACACUGUUGCAGAUGCAAAUGAAAUUAUUGACAGUGAAGGCCAUGCAAAAGCUCAAUGUUCUAUGAGACAUUUUCCCAAUUUGUGCACAAGGCACCAGCUAAGUAAGAAGAUGAUAAAGAUGAUGCAAACGAUUUCUGAAAUCGUAGCAAAAGGAAGUUUUGAUAAAAUUUCCUACCGUGCUGCUUCUCAAAUUACAGUUACGCCGUUCGGUAGAGGUUAUGAGGCCCUUGAAUCCAGAACAUCAAUGUUAAAUGAAAUUAUACUGGCAUUGAAGGAUCCUAGCAUCUUCAUUGUUGGGGUGUAUGGAAUGGGUGGUGUGGGGAAGACAACACUGAUGAAAGAGUUAUCUUGGAAAGCGAAGAAUGAUGGGUCAUUUGGUACUAUUGUUAUGGCUACUAUAACAAGUUUACCAAAUCUUGAAACAAUUCGACGUCAAAUUGCUGAAGCCUUGGAUUUCAAGUUUAAAAAGAAAACAGAAGAAGGAAAGGCAAGAGAAUUACGUGAUAGGAUAACCAAGGAGAAGCGUAUUCUUGUUAUUUUGGAUGACAUUUGGGGGAGACUUGAUUUGACAGAACUAGGGGUUCCUUUUGGUAAUGAUCACAAAGGAUGCAAAUUGGUGGUGACAUCCAGAGAUCUUAAUGUGUUGAUUUGUGAGAUGGGCACUCAAAAAGAAUUUAGACUUGAAGUUUUACUUGAGGAGGAUAGCUGGAAAUUGUUUGAGAAGAUGGCAGGUGAUGUUGUUCACGAAUUCAAUAUAAAACCAAUUGCGAUAAAGGUUGCCAAAUGUUGUGCUGGUUUGCCCCUUUUGAUAGUCACUACGGCAAAGGCUUUGAGGAAAAAACAAGUCUCUAAUUGGAAGGAUGCCUUAAAUGAAUUACAGAGAUUUGAUCAAGAAGGGUUGAAUAAGAAAGUUUACUCUACUCUGGAAUUGAGUUAUAAUUGUUUAGAGAGUGAAGAACUGAAGUUGCUAUUCUUAUUAAUUGGUUCCUUUGGACUGGAUUACCUCUACACUGGACCACUUUUAGUAUGUUAUUGGGGGUUGGGCUUAUUUAGACAUUCUCACAAAUUUGCAGAUGCAAGAAUCAGAUUCAACAGAUUAAUAAAUGACCUUAAGGCAUCUUCAUUGUUACUUGAGUCUGAAUUUGAUCGGGUUAGAAUUCAUGAUUAUGUAAGAGAUAUGGCUAAAUCAAUUGCAUGUAGGACUCGACCAACCUAUGGGGUGAAAAGGUACACUAAAGUAAAUCAAUGGCCUGGGAUGGAUGAGCUUCAAAAAUGCCAUCAGAUCAUCCUUCCUUGGUCUUUUAUUUACAAGCUUCCUGAGAAGUUGAAGUGCCCAGAGUUGAAGCUACUGCAGCUUCAGAAUAUAGGAGAUUAUUUGAAAGUCCCCGAUGACUUCUUCUCUGGGAUGAUAGAGCUAAAGGUCAUUAGUUUAUAUGGAAUGAUGUUUGCCCCGUCUCCACCAACUUCACUAUGUCUCUUGACAAAACUCCAAACAUUGGUUCUUACAGGAUGUGUGUUAGAAGACAUAUCAAUAGUUGCAGAGUUGAAAAGUUUAGAGAUUCUCAGGCUUGAAAGAUCUGAUAUUAAAGAGCUCCCAAAAGAAAUAGGACAACUAAAUAAUCUUCGAAUGUUGAAUAUAACCAACUGUUCUGCAUUGAGAUUCAUUCCUGCAAAUCUUAUUUCCAGCUUAACGUGCUUGGAAGAGUUGUACAUGGGGAAUUGCUUUAUUCAAUGGGAUGUCAAGGGAAGCAACGAUCAAAGCAAAAAUGCAAGUCUAGAAGAGCUAAGGAGUUUGUCUCAUCUAACCGCUUUGGACAUAAUGACUCAAGAUGCUUCAGUUUGGCCUAGGGACUUGCUAGUCUUUGAAAAGCUUGAAAGAUACAACAUAUAUGUUGGUGAUAUGUGGAAAUGGUCUUUGGACUGGUCUGGAAAUGCAUCUGAACCUAACAGGAUACUUAAGCUCAACGACAGUAGGGGUUCAAGCAUUCUUUUGGAUCGUGGAUUUAACUCCUUGUUGAAUUCAGCCGAGGACAUGUGUCUUGCCAAAAUACAUUGUGUUAGAAAUGUUCUUUAUGAGCUGAAUAGGGGAGGUUUUCCUCAAUUAAAACAUUUGCGCCUUCAAGACAGCACUGAACUUCAGUACAUCAUUAAUUCAACGGGGUGGGUUCAUCCCUAUCCUGCUUUACUCAACUUAGAGACUUUGGCUCUUCAAAAUCUGUUUAAUCUGGAAAAAAUAUGCCAUGGGCCAAUUCCAAUUCAAUCUUUUGUCAAACUAAAAUCUUUUGAAGUCAAAGGUUGUGACAAAUUGAAGAAUCUGUUGCGGUAUUCCCUUGUUAGAGACCUUCCUCAACUUCGUGAAAUAAAAAUUGCUGAUUGCCAAAUGAUUACAGAAAUCAUAUCUGAGGUGGAUAAAGAAAUUGACAAGAUUAUAUUCCCUGAGUUGUGUUCUCUUGAACUUGAAAGUUUGCCUCGUCUCGUUAGUUUAUGUGCGCCAUUGACGCAGUGCAUACAUGUGCCACUAAUUGAUCAAAAGGUUGUGAUGCCCCACCUUGAACUAUUGAAGUUGUCUAAGAUCAAUUGUGAGAAACUGUGGGAUGACAAACUUCUGAGUCAUUCUCGCAUGCAAAACUUGAAGAGUUUGAAAAUUGACAAAUGUGGUAGCAUGAGAUACGCAUUCUCAUCCUCAGUUGCUAGAGAACUUGUAAACCUGAAAUCUCUUAAGAUUAGUAAUUUCCAAUUGUUGGAGGACAUAUUUGUCUGCAACUCUAAUGACGAGGAUCUACUUCCAAUGUUAGAGACAUUUGAAAUCUCCCACAUGGAACACUUGAAGUCAGUAUGGCACAAUCAACUAGCCCCAAAUUCCUUCUGCAAAUUGAAGCAACUGAAAAUUCAAUUCUGCAAUAAAUUAUCAAAUAUAGUUCCAUCUAAUGUUCUUGAUAAAUUACAGAAGCUGGAGACAAUGACUGUAACAGAUUGUCCUAAUCUGGAAGUUGUGUUCGAAACACAAGGUCUAAAAGCAGAUGGUGGUAGACAGAUAAGGCUGGAUAUGCAAUUGAAAACUCUCACUUUGAAAAAUUUACCGAUGUUAAAACACAUAUGGAGUGGGAAUCCUAAUGAAAGCUUCAAGUUUCAAAACAUCUUCCAAUUGAAAGUUAUUGAAUGUAAAACCCUUAAUCAUGUCCUUCCUCUCUCUAUGGCUAAAGAGCUUCAGCAUCUCCAAGAAAUUUAUAUUGAAGAAUGUGGCAUAGAGUUUAUUGCAGCACAUGAUGAAUUGGCUGACACAUAUCCGAUACUUAUUUUCCCAGAAUUAACAUCUUUGAGUUUUCGAGAUUUGUCACAACUUAGAAGCUUCUCUCAUGGAUUACAUACCUUGGAUUGUCCUGUUUUAAGACAUGUGGAUGUGCUUCAUUGUGACAAGCUUGUUCUAUUCAAGCCAAAGUCUCUAAAUUACCAAGAAAUUGUUCCAGUUGAUACAGUACCCCUUCUCUCAAUCGAAAAGUUUGUCCCCAACACAAGGGAGCUUAUUCUGAACAGAAAGGAUGUCACCAUGUUAUGCAAUGGUCAACUUAAUGAUGAGCUUAUCUACAGAGUAACAGCUCUUCGCCUGCGAUGUUUCCAUGAUGAGGCUGACAAAUUUCCAUCUGGUUUCCUCCAAAAGUUUAUCAAUCUCAUAAAGCUUAAGGUGACAUGUAGUUCCUUCACAUACAUUUUCUCGAGUGGAAGCAAAUGCGCUGGACAUUCUGAAACAACUAUGAAGUUGAGAAAUUUAGUACUUGUUCAGUUAGAUAACCUCGAGUUUAUAUGUGAAGAGAAAUCUGAGGUGCAAUCAGUUAUUCAAAAUAUUGAAACUUUGAGUGUAACUAGAUGUUCUAGGCUGAAGAACAUCAUUCCAUCCUCGGCUUUGUUUGAGAAUUUAGAGCAGUUGGAAGUGUUUAAUUGUGGUGGACUGGAAUAUAUUAUGAAAUCAUCAACAAUUACCAAUUUACCAAAACUUCGAAAAUUAUGCAUAGAUUUUUGUGAAAAGAUAGAAGUAAUCGUUGCAAGUGACGAUGAGAAUGAUGCUUCGGAGUUAUCAUUUAUGAAAUUGGGGUAUCUGCGAUUGAAUAACUUACCAAGGCUAAGAAGUUUUUGUAAAGGAAGACAUGACUUCAAAUUUCCACUAUUGAGGACGUUAUUUGUAAUAAACUGUCCCAUGAUGGAAACUUUCUCAAAUGGUAUGUUGAACGCACCAAAGCUCAUAGAAGUACGUGUAACACCGCAAGAUGAUCGUUGGAAUGGUGACCUUAACACUACUAUAAAAAAAAUUGCAGUGAAAAGGAACUCUACGGAUGAUUAGGUUUGUCCUCAAAGUUUAAUGGAGGGUCAACUAGAUAAUUCGUUGCAAUCACCUGGUUGUAUCUUCAUGUUUCCCAAUCAAAGCUAGUCGGCUAAUCUCGAAUGGCACUAAGCAUUUACCACCAUCAUGAUGUAUCAGUUAAUUUAAUGACUUUUCUAUGAUAACGACUUCUGUCGCUUGUUCUCUGUUGUUUACAAAACUAAUCUCUACUAAACUUUCCUCUCUCAGUUAAUCAAUUAAUAUUCCUUGUUUUCAUUUAAA